GUGCUGUUUCUUUAUUACAGGACUAAAUAAGGUACUAGUCACCAAUGACAGAACUUCAAAUGACAGAACUUCAAAUGCCGAACAUCCAUCUAUAAGUACUCCUAGAACUACUAAGUCCACAGGAGCUGCCAGAAAUUCCACAUCGGAGGAAAGUUCACCCCUGACUGCCGCCAUGACAAGGAUGUUUGCUGCCUUGGAGGCCAUAAAGCAAAAACAGGAUAAGCAAGAGCAGAUGCUGUCACAAGUACUGCAAUUGCUUGCUGAGGCAAGUUUGGGAGGAUUACGCACAGCUGCUGAUGAGGAGGAGGCCGGGCUUCCAAACCUUCCCAGCAGCUCAUUCGAGGAACUAGUUCGGCUGAACGAAAUAGUUCAAGAUCCCGCGGCAAAAAAGAAGCUGGUACGUUCCCUCAGCCUCGUAGGGGGUAAAAAUCUUCAAGCUGUCAUUCGAAAUGUUUGCAGAAAAAUCAUUGACAAUGAACUUGCCAAGAAAAUGAACCUUACAGGUUCUAAGGGCAAGCAGGGUCUGUCUGUCCACAGCUCACUUCUUGCUGUAAUGACAAGUAAGAUAUUUGUUUACUUUUGUACAUAAAUUAUCAGUUAGGGAUUAGUAUAUACACACAAAACGGGAACAAUGUACUUCCCAUUAUAUAAUCCACAAUGCAUAACGCCAUGUUG